AACUAUGCAAAACUAACAACAGUUGAUGUUGAAGUGUGGCGUCAAAUCAUCUCAUAUACGAAUGAUACGAAUAUCAGGAGCUCUUAAAUUUCUAAACAGAACCAUGUCCACGGACGUGCGAGGAGUUGUAUUAUCCGGACUUAAAUUGGCAAAAGAGAUCCGUGAAGGCCUAAUCCGAGAUGUUAGCGUCUUAAAAGAGAAAUUAUCUGAUUUUACACCCGGCCUGGCUAUUGUCCAGGUAGGCGGGAGGGAAGAUUCAAAUGUUUACAUAAGGAUGAAAAUCAGCGCGGCCAACGAAAUAGGUAUUAACGUUCAACAUUGGAAACUUCCUAACACUACGACAGAAAUAGAGCUUAUCAACAAUGUUAGUAAACUUAAUAAUGAUCCGAAUGUUCACGGAAUUAUUGUACAAAUGCCACUUGACAGUAUCAAUAAAAUCAAUUCCCAUUUGAUCACCGAUUUGAUAUCGCCAGAGAAAGAUGUCGAUGGACUGACUACUAUUAAUCAAGGGCGAAUUGCAACCGGCGACAUGUCGGGAUUUUUGUCAUGUACCCCAAAUGGCUGUGUCGAAUUAAUUAAGAGGAGCGGCGUGCCUAUUGCCGGCGCUCAAGCCGUUGUUUUAGGGAGGAGCAAGAUUGUCGGCACUCCCGUUGCCGAACUAUUAAAAUGGCAUAAUGCCACCGUAACGGUCUGCCAUUCAAAAACGAAAAAUCUCUCUGACGUCGUACGACAAGCUGAUAUUUUGGUAGUCGCCAUAGGACAGCCCGAAUUAGUUAAAGGUGAUUGGAUUAAACCGGGAGCCGUUGUCAUCGAUUGCGGCAUCACUGCUAUACCAGAUCCGACAAAGAAAUGCGGACAACGUUUGGUUGGUGACGUGGCGUAUCAGGAAGCUGCUAAAGUAGCUUCGUAUAUCACACCGGUACCAGGCGGCGUUGGGCCAAUGACAGUAGCAAUGUUGAUGAAAAAUACUGUGAUAGCCGCACAAAGAGCGGCGGAAAGGCUUCUCAACACCCAAUGGAAAUUGCGGACUCUUAAACUGACUCCUGUAAAACCUGUACCAAGCGACAUCGAUAUCUCGAGAAGCCAGGAGCCUAAAUUGAUCACUACACUAGCGGAGGAAAUUGGAUUAUAUCCGAAUGAGUUCAGUCCUUAUGGCAAUAAGAAAGCGAAGAUUGGCCUAAGCGUAUUGCAACGACUGAGGAAUCAACAAAAUGGAAAGUACGUCGUGGUGGCGGGCAUCACGCCAACGCCAUUUGGCGAAGGAAAGAGCACAACUUCCCUCGGAUUAGUGCAGGCAUUAACGGCGCAUAAAGGCAAAAAUUCUUUCGUUACUCUCCGACAACCUAGCCAGGGACCUACGUUCGGCGUUAAGGGAGGAGCUGCUGGAGGAGGAUAUUCACAAGUGAUACCUAUGGAAGAGUUCAAUCUUCAUCUGACCGGAGAUAUUCACGCUGUUACCGCCGCGAAUAAUCUUAUGGCAGCUCAAAUCGAUGCGCGAUACUUCCAUGAGUCGACUCAAAGUGACAAAGCCUUAUAUGAUCGAUUGGUACCGACUAUCAAGGGCGUCAGGAAGUUCUCGAAAAUUCAAUUGAGACGAUUACAAAAACUUGGCAUCGCGAAAACUGAUCCAAACUCAUUAACGGAAGAAGAGCAGCGUCGAUUUGCAAGGCUUGACAUCGAUCCAAACAACAUUACAUGGACGCGAACGGUGGAUAUUAACGAUCGAUUUUUGCGGAAAAUCACAAUCGGUCAGAGUGCAACCGAAAAAGGCAAGACAAGAGAAACAUCAUUCUGCAUCUCUGUUGGGUCUGAAAUAAUGGCAAUCCUGGCACUUUCAACCAAUGUCGAGGAUAUGAAAAGGCGGCUUGGUAACAUCGUUGUUGGAUUUAGCAAGACCGGCGAGCCUUUAACCGCUGAAGAUUUUGGUAUGACGGGAGCAAUGGCGAUUCUGCUAAAAGAUGCCAUAGAACCGACACUUAUGCAAUCAUUGGAAGGUACACCGGUAAUGGUACAUGCCGGACCAUUCGCCAAUAUAGCCCACGGUUGUUCAUCCAUUAUUGCCGAUGCUAUUGCCCUAAAACUGGUCGGCUCGCAAGGUAUUGUAGUGACGGAAGCCGGAUUUGGAUCUGAUAUCGGUAUGGAAAAAUUCUUUGACAUCAAGUGCCGCACUUCCGGGCACGUACCGAAUGCCGUCGUGCUCGUGGCGACUAUCAGAGCAUUGAAGAUGCACGGCGGUGGACCACCGGUAACAACCGGAGCACCACUAAAGAAAGAAUAUCUCGAAGAGAAUGUUGAACUUGUUAGAAAAGGUCUGCCAAAUCUGCAAAAGCAUAUCGGCAAUGGCGUAAAAUACGGUGUACCUGUAGUUGUUGCCAUUAAUUCUCAUAGUACCGAUACUCAAGCAGAACUAGAUCUCGUUAGACAAGCAGCUUUAGAGAGUGGUGCAGCUGAUGCGGUAAUAUGCACUCAUUGGGCCGAGGGUGGGGCCGGUGCUGUUGCUCUUGCGGAUGCAGUCAUAGCUGCUACCGAAAAAGAUAGCAAUUUUAAACUGUUGUACGAUCUCGAAGCUAGUAUCGAAGAAAAAAUUAAUAAGAUCGCUAAAGAGAUAUACGGCGCUGGCCAAGUUGUUUUCGCGGAAAAGGUGCAAAAAAAGAUUGAAGAGUAUAAUAAACUGGGAUAUAACAAACUACCAAUAUGUAUGGCAAAAACAUCGAAUUCGUUAACUGGGGAUCCAGCUAUUAAAGGUGCGCCAACCGGUUUCACCCUCGAUAUUACAGAUAUAUUUGUUUCGGUCGGCGCCGGAUUUAUUGUGCCUAUGGUGGGAGAGAUUAUGAUGAUGCCUGGAUUAUCUACUAGACCAAGUAUCUAUGAUAUGGAUUGGAACAGUGAAACGGAUGAGAUAGAAGGUCUGUUUUAAAUCAGACAUUUAUCUUUUAGCGGAAGAAAUAUUUUUGCAAUACAAUGAUGUGUAUUAAUAAUUCCUCAGCAUAAAUUUAUACAUUAUAAAUUUAUACAUUAUACAUUAUAGUCAAUACAUAAACAUCAAUAAAGUCUUUUUGUAUUC